UCAUUGGUCUUUCGGCCUCACCUCCACACAGAGUUGUCAGCGGACUUCAUUCCAGCAGUCAGAAAGAUGCCUUUCAUUAAUGUGCAGAGUAACUUACCGGCCAGCUCCUUCUCGGAGGACUUUCUGAAGAAGCUGUGCUCCUGUGCCGCCGCUGCUCUGGGAAAACCAGAGGACAGGAUGAAUAUGGUGGUGACUCCUGGGCUGCCGAUGCUGAUCUCUGGCUCUUGCUCUCCAUGCUUGAUGCUGUCGGUGUCUGCUAUCGGUGUGACUGACACCGCUGACAAGAACAAGGAGCACAGUGCCAAGAUCUUUGCAUUUCUGACCAAAGAACUGGGUCUGACUGAAGACCGGAUCGUGAUUCAGUUCCACGCACUGCAGCCUCACCAGGUCGGGAAGAAGGGAACCGUCAUGAGCUUCUUGUGAAAGGCGACACCCUUGAUACAUCUCACAAUCUCAUUCCUGACAGAAUAGAUCAAUAUGAACCACACAGUGAAGUAAAGAUAGUCAUUUUUUGGCCAGGUACUGUAUUUUUAUGUCAUAUCCAGAUACACUUUAGGCACAUUUUACACAUCCGCACUUAUUCCCAAAGCUGUAUAUGUACAUGAUGUAAUAACUUGUAUUUUUUAAUAAUAACAAGACCGUUUGUUGUUGUCAUUCCUAAAAUUAGUACCAUACUAUUGAAGAAAACAACAUUUGGACUCCCUCUUAAUUCAUUCCAGCAAUUCAACUAACUACAAAUAAGUAUUGUGAACUAAAUCCGUGGUUCCCAACCAUCUUCCUUAAGGGACUCCUUUUCUAUCAUUGAUAGAUAUUUCAUAUAUAUUUAAUGCAUAACAAUAACAGUACAGUUAUCCGUACUAGUGAAGGCAAUAACUGCACAAAGUUUGUGUUAAACAAACGAUUUGGAUCAAUUUUGAUUAUUUCCUGUGAAUAUUAUAUCAGAGAUGAGUUUUCCAGAUAUUUUUUAGGAGCUUUUUAUGAUUCUCUGUCUCUAUUAUGUUUUUUUUUUAACAAUCAUACAUACUUAUUAGGCUUCUUUUUGACAAAUUAAGUCUUCCUGACAUUUAGUCAUUUUCUAUUAGCUCUUUGGUUGAUUUAUCUGCAUACUUUUCUAAUGCAGGAUAAAGCUGUUCAGCAGAGAGUGAAGGCUCUGUGAAUAUAGUUUGUGUUUAAGUCUUCACUGUGCUCUUAUCAUGUGAGAUUUCUAAGAAUUUAUAUUGAAUUAUAAUCUAAACUUGAAAAAUUAUGAAUUCAUUUAGUUUUCUUCACAGAUGAAGUUUUUACACCCCUAAAAAUCAAGAAAGGUUUAAAGACAGCCAACACUGAGAAAUUCCUAAACCUGUUAUUCAAUGAGUUUGUCCUGAUUAGUUUUGGAUAAACUCUUCAGCUUGUUGAUGGGACAGAGGAAAGUUCAUGAUUAAUAAACUGGCAUUUGAAUGCAUCACCUGUAAAA